AUGGCUAUGACUAAUGCUGAAAGAAUGAAAAAAUAUCGAGGGAAAAUCAAAAAAGAUAAGGCUAAAUAUGAAGCAGUGAAAGCAAAAGAUCGUAUUUGUUAUAAUUCAAGAAAGCAAAAGCUGACAGGAGCAAGCUUAGCUAAAUUUCGUACCGAAAACAAAUUUCGUCAACAAAAAUAUCAAGAACAUAAAAAAAAACGUUUAGUUAAUAAAUCUCCUCCAGGUUCAUUCAGAAGUCGUCAAUCAUUUGGUAAGGCAUUAAAAAAAACAAAUUCUUCACUUCCAAAAUGUGAUAAAAAAUAA